AUACCGGAAAGACUGGAAGACGACAUUAGUUCUUUCGGUCGUUUUCCUUCCAGCUUUCUAGUAGAAUUGGUUUUCAUUUGAGACAACAUAAUAUCUGUAAUUUUCAAAUAAAUAAUGUCAGUCUCGUUAGUAGUGGCGCGUAAAAAAAUAACAUAUUAAGGAGAGAGUAUUCACGUAGUUUCUCAUUGUUUCGUUUCGUGGGAUUCACAAACGUGUUAUCGCGCGCAUUGACAGAAACGUCAAUAGAUUGUGUGGGAACGAGCGUGAAAGCCAACGAGACAAACUUUUACGGCCACGUUAACUGACAUUCAAAUCGACAGAAUGGAUAAACGAGUGAAUCGAAGAACGUGCUUAUAGACAGAUAAUCGAUUUUCAAGAUUCCUGCGUUACCAUGCACUUUGCUCUUCUACCACUGGAAUGUCAAUGGGCAACAAAUAUAACCGCAAUGUAGCCUGUACCUUGACUCUUGCCAGACUUGCUUGCUUUAUGUAGGUAAUCAGAUCAAGGUACACUAUGAAAAAAAAUUAAAGACGAAAUGAUUCGAGUCUAUUCGACAUUACAACUAUUUGUCAAGUUAUGCGAUGUCGACGUUAUAUGUCAUAAUUAUAUCUCGAAAAUAACGUGUCGGAAGAUCGUCCUACGCUUUGAAUAGCGUUGACGUUCUAUCUGUGAAAUGUUCGAAUGCCAUCCCGAUCAAUUCGAUCGAUCUUUCUUCGAAUGCGUUCAUCGUUUUAUAAAUGAAUUCGUUCAUUAUUUAAAGAGCCAACUGCCUAGAGAUGUUUCUUUGAAUAACUCCCGCCUCUUCUUAUAUUUUUAUCGAAGAAUAACGAUACAAGAUAAAUGUUCAAAAUCAUUUUAUUAUGCUAUUCGGAUCUUGAGUGAUCUCGAGUUUGCGAGACGUUGAACUCGUUUCAAAACCGGUUAUAAUGGUAUCGAAUAAAAAAUGUAACAUCCAAUGAGAAGAAAAAUUUAAUUGAUCUUGAAACUUAUUUUACAAUAUUUAUUAAUUUUUUUUUUUAUGAAAUUUCAACUUAUAUUUCGUUAUUGCAUAUAUUAUAGUAUAUAUUAGUUUUUUAAAAAUCUCUAAUAAUUCAACAGCAUGAAAAAUUGCUAAUUAAAACCGAUCUUUAAAUAGAACGUUAUCAUCAAAGACAAAAUUCCCAGACAUAUGUUUCGUGUAUUACAUAUGCACGACAUGUGAUCAUUAAAAGCACGCACGUAUACUCGUGGUUUCUUACCAAAAAAAAAUUGGAAUUUAUCGCUUUAUUACGGUAUCCCUUGCCAUUAACUGGAAUGAAAAGCAGGUGACAGAGGCAUGGUCGCUGCAUGAGUCACCAUCAUGAUUUUCGUGAUCGACGUGGUACGCAUAAUAACGAGGACGGAAUUUCGUUUCUUUUACAAGUUCGUUCAUUCGACAAAGAUCAUCUACAUCGGAUACAGAUACAUAAAUAUGAUUAAAAAAAUGUAAAUUCAUCUCCAAAGAUCUAUCCAUUGCACAGCAAGUGGGAGAACGAUAAAAAAGAAAAUGCGAAAUUUGCAACGAGCCGCAACCUCGAUAACCACAAAUAUAAUUUGUUGGGAACAAAACAAAAGCGACAGGACGUAUCUGACAGAUGUCAAAAUUUCUAGUCUUUUUCAUACGGCGUCUUAAUGCGGUAACCUUCGCAAAAGAAAAAAAAUUAGCAAUAAACGAUAACUAUUGAUCAUCGUGCCCGGAGAAAUUAUUCACGACAGCCUAUCGAGAGACAAUGUGAGAGCACGCGCGCGUACCAAUGCCAGAAAUGGAAACGCAACGAGAAUGGACGAGCUUGCAAUUACUCGAGAGCCCAUUAGGAAGCGUACCAGGAUUGGUAACAAGUGCGACUCACAGACCGUGGUUCCGAUAUCGUUUCCGAUCCCAAGAAUUGUGUCCUUACCGGUGGAGAUCAUCUUCGAAAUUUUCUCCUAUCUCUCCUACAAGGACCUUUACGCCAUCAGUCACGUGUCCCUGUUUUUCAACCGGCUCGCAUAUGAUCCAUUUUUAUGGCGAACUUACGAGGUGACGAACAACGAACAAGAUACAGCUGAGGUGAUUAAGGAGCUGAAGAGGAUGCCGCUGCUGAAGAAGUUCAGUAUAAGUGUCAGAGCGGAUUGCGACGAGAUCUUGCGGCAGAUCUCGCUGACGAACAAAAAAUUAGAGGAACUCCACGUUUCUAAUUGCACAGGUUCCACGUCGAAAUUGUAUCUACGCUCGGGCUACCUGAUCCGCAUACUGGAGAGGUGCCGUAAUUUGCACACGAUCAAUAUACUGGGGAGCAGAUUCCGCGGCCGGAAGUUCUAUCGGCUGUUGGGCGACAUAGGGCCACGUCUCAGAUCCGUCUACGCCCCGGCGACGAAAUCGCAGUUCUGCACGUUCAUCAAGUACGCAAGGCAGAUCAGCGAGACUGAUCGGGAGACGAUCUGCUCGAUGUAUAUCGGAGUGAAAAGUUGGGCGCCCUUGUACUACUUUGUCACGAAACGGGCAGAUCGGGUUUGCACGGCCCUGAUCAGCUACCUCCACAACGACAUCCUGCUGAUCGAUGCGAAUCGAUCGAUUCACAAACUUUCCAUCACCGAUAGAAGGAACACUUAAUCGAGAGGUCUUGAGAGGCUGAAUCCUUUUCUUCUUACGACGCUUCGAAAUAUCGUUCGAGAAGAAUACAAGCGAUACGAGGAACGAUGAAGAUACCAUGAAGAUGAGAGAGAAUAUUCGCGUUUUACGAUAUUCCUUCGAGAAUGUAUAUGUAAUCAUGCCGUUGUAUUGUACAAAUACAUGUAUAUAUAAGUGUAUUUAGUUA